CAAAAAUGGGCAAAGAGACCCUUAGCAAAAGACCCGUUGAUCGACAUAACGGGUCUUUUUAAUAUGAGAGAUCUAAUAUUAUAUAUAACGGGUCUCUUAUGAGUUAAAGGGCCCACUUAAAAUUAGAGGGAAAAAUAAAGAGACCCGUCAUCUGAAUUAAUGGGUCUCUAAUGUAUAAAAAAGGUCCUUUUUUUACGUGAAAAAAAAAUGAAAAACACCAGAGACCCUUGAUUUAACAAAAUGGGUCUCUUAUAUAUCAUAUGACCCACCUCCCAUACAAAUUAAAGUAAAAUAAUAAUUAAAAAAAAAAAAAGUAAAAUGCGGAAAGACCCGUCGUUUAAUCCAACGGGUCUCCACUUUCAUUCAUUUGCCCCCCAAACCUUCGCUAAACUGCUAAACCAAAAUUCACCCUAUUGUGUUUGCCUCUUUCUUCUUCCUUAGAUUCAAGAGCUAGGUUUCAGGAAAGACAACCAUUGGCGAACUCAUGGACGAACUCACCACCACCGGCGAAUUGCACUACCACCGGAGAACUACCGUACCAUCGGCGACCUCACCAUCGUUGCUAGCGAACUACAAAUUUAGGUUACUUCAAUAGAAAAGGCUGAAUAUGAGAAAAUCUUAAAAGGCGCUGACAACAGAAGAUAGUACCAAUCUGUCUCGUUCGGCAAAAGGCUACAAUCAUAAGUUUGCUGGUAUUGCUAGUUUCUUGAAUCCAAUCAUCCAUUUUACCUAUCAAGGUGUGAUUUCUUUAACUAGCUUAGGUGAGCAAAAUCUUCUGACCUUCGUUCUCCUCUUUCAUUCUAAUUUACUAUAAUUUUAUUUCAAGAGCGUAGAAUGGCUGACCGGUUUAGAUUGCAUGUUAAGGGAGGUGACAGUGGAAGUGGGAAUGGAAGUUUGUGACGUAGUUGAACUGAUCGGUAUGGCAAGCCUGAUGAAUGGACGAUGGGGUGGGCAUGGUACUUCAAAGAAUAAGAUCGGCAGCCGUGGAGAAGACAAGGUUGUGCAAGUUCCUGUUUCUACUGCUAUCUAUUUUGUGGAGAGUGAAAUCCCUUCAAUAGUGGAGAAGUCAUCUUCUGUGAUUCACCCUUGGGAUCUUCCAGGUAUUUUUACUUCUGAUCUCCUUGCAUCUGAUCAGCUAUCCACUUUUAGUUUGUGGGAGCCGGAUAUGGAUUAG